GACGUUAAUGCUCCAUUUAAUUCAAUACAAUUUAUUUCCGAAGUUUAAUGGAAGCAUACAAUUAUUUUAACUGCAAAUACAUUCCUUAUAGCUAAAUGUCUACGAGUUUACCUUAAUGGUAAUAUAACGCGAAGCUCUUGUAGUACCAUAAACUUCAUCAGAACGUCUGUUCCUACAUCACUUCGCGUGAGAGUACCUGGAAUAUACGUUAGUGAUAUUGCUAUAUGGUAUGCUUUGUUGUUAGAUGAGCAAAUUCUUCAGCUGUAUCGGUCAGGUAUUCACUUAUUUGACGAGUUAGUUUUCUUUUUAUCUUAUCAAUACAGAUCUCUAUUGCAAAUUCCCGCUGUAAACUUCCCUAAUAAUCGAGAGAAAAAUUAAAAAGUUAAAUCGGGUUUUUAAGUAGCUACGUAAGAGAAGACAUACAAAGCAAAAGUUAAACUUGAAUAAAAGUUUCGAAAAUCAAAUCGGGUAAACAACUAUAUACGCCCAGUAAAGUUGAAAAAAAUGUGCAUUUCUUACCGGAAUGUUCAAAGUUAUGAAUCGACUUUUUCAGCGUUUAUUACGAUUUUUUUUUAAAUUAUUGAACUCAGCUAUAACGUACUAAGAGUUUCUUUCACGAAAGAAUUGACUUAGAUUGGUUUUCGUAGAUUCCUAAUACAAAAUGAUUUGGCCUAACAUUGUCCUAAAAACAAAAGUUUUAACUGUAAAGACUGCUUAAUCUCGUGUUAUUACAGGGAGGCGUGUAUUCUGUAUUGUACGGAUAUAAUAACAUGUCGCUAUUAUAGACAAUACUGCUCCCGAUUGGCGAAAGAAAUUUAACUUUGGUUCAGUGACAGAAUCCUCAUGCGAAGAACUGAGGAGACAACGACCAUACACAUCUUCUGGUUAUUACUGGAUCAGAUUAAAUGGAAAAAUGAUAAGUGUCUACUGCGACAUGGUAACUGAUGGAGGUGGAUGGACACAAAUAACUCAUUGGCUCGCAUCAAAAAAAAUUUAUCACGUUGCAAAUAUCUAUGAAAUGAACCUAACCUCCUCCAAAAACAGCGCAUAUACUUCUGGUCACUUCCGUCACUUAAAAACAAUUCUUGAUUUUAAACAAUUUCGAAUACGCUGCACCAAACCAGCAUAUCAUAACAGAAUUGUUGACAUAGCAACCACAACGUCAUCUGUCAUCGAUUACUUUACCUUGGCGACAAACGAAAGACCAUACGCAUGCGGUGGAUUCUAUCCAUUGGAAGAAGAUAACUCGAUCUUGUCUGAGAGAUGUCAAGAAUGGCUAGAUGGAAAGUUCUCAGAUCCCCUAAAAGUUUCUUCUGGUCGAUUUUUUCGUCAUUUGAUGCAUAUACCGAACGUAGCAACUGUAGAUUUACCCGAAGCAAGAUGUGAUGAUCUUCAGGGUAGUGAUAUUAUUUUUCAAAUACGUCAAACAGGCUACUUUCAAAAGGUGCUUAAAGUCACAAUGGUUUUGAGAAAAUAG